UCAGAUACGAACUAAUUAACACCACUAAUUUAGCUUCCGGCAAUAAACAACCCAACGGAAGUUGGAAUGGCUUGAUUGGAGAAAUCAUGCGACAUGAGCUGAAUCUUUCCAUCGGACCGUUUACCCUGACUGAAGAACGUGAAGAAGCCGUAGCGUUUACAGUGCCAUUUGCCGUCGAGAAGCGCAGUAUUCUGGUGAGAAGUGCAGCAGCUUCAGAAGAGAGCGCGUUUCGUAUGUUGCGACCUUUUCAAUAUCAGCUGUGGUUUGCACUGGCUGGAGUUAUUGUGUUGGUCAGUUUCACCUUGACCUUCAUCAACUGGUUGAAACGAGACGAUGCUUCUCUCGAUGACGGAUGCAACAAGGACGACUAUAAAAUCGCUUCAACAUUUUGGAUGCUUUUCACUUACCACAUGCAACAAGUUGUCAUCAACGAACCAAGAACGGUUAUAGCUCGUUUUCUUGUCGCUUUCUGGUGGAUGUUUAUAAUUCUGAUGAUCAACUACUACACGGCGACCCUCGCCUCAACGCUCACCAUCACCGUCAAUGUGGCACCCAUACAGAGCUUGUCACAACUCUCUCAGCCAGACUGUGAAUACAAACCCAUAGCCAUUUACGAUUCCAGCACCUAUGGGACCUUCUUAACUUCUAAUCAGAUAGUUGACAAACAUAUACUGAAAGCACUGGAAACAGCUCCACAGGUUCGAAACUCAACGAUGGCACUUCAUCUCACUCUGACGGAUCAGUAUGCAUUUAUUGCCAUGAACUCUCAGUUGGACUACCUCAAGUCGCUUUACUGCAAAGAACUUACCAUCACCCUUGACGACACGUACGUCUACCAAGUUGGAUUCAUUUUGCCCCAGAAUUCUGUAUAUACCCAAAAAUUGUCAUACGGGAUUCGAAAACUACAUGAAGCUGGACUUAUUGAAAAAUGGAGACACAAGUGGUGGUCCGAUUCUAACAAGUGUUCAAAACAAGGCCCCCACGGUGACCCCUUGGAGUUAUGGAGUCUCGCUGGGCCCUAUUUCAUCUACGUCGGUUUUAUAGGUCUCGGCUUCAUUAUACUUGCAUCUGAGGGCAUUUUUAUAGCUUUUACUCGCCGGAAGUCUAAAGAAGAUAUCAACAAUGCCACAUAAUCUUAAAUGGUUUUAUACAUACAUGCACACACACACACACGCACACACACACACAGAAGCAUACACGCACACACACAGACACAAGCAACUGAAUGCAUUGCACACAAACAGUUGAAAACAGAACCCUUGCUGCACUAAAAUAUAUCAUAUUUACUAAACUGUUACUUCAAAUUUUGUUAUUCUGAGUUGUACAUCUCCGAUUCUCAAACAAAAUACGAGGAAUGCAACAAGAAUGGAUUAUUCCGGGAAUCGAAAACGAAAGAGAAGAAUUUUGUUUUUUAAUUAACAGUUUUUAUUUCUUAUUUUCUCUGUUUUAAUUGAAGACAACACAGCCAGGGGUCCGUGAGUCUUGUAUAAAAAUAAAUGGAGAACAGGACUUUGUUUUUCUUUUAAAAAAUGAAGCUAGAAAAAUAAAGAGAGAGAGAGAGAGAGUGAGAGACUACACAGUAGUACACAUUCACUUGCCAAUCACUCAUAAAAUUUUGCUCUCUUGUAAGAAAUGUUUUUUCAAGAAAAUUCCUGUCCUAAACAAAGUAUCUAAAAUGUUUGGGGCUAAGAGUGGGUUUGACUCUUUGCUUUUAUAUAUAUAAAAAACAAUUUGUUACUCAUGUUAGCAGGUCAAGGAUGCCAUCAGUGUAUGUAUUCAUUCUUAGCCCGAACACAAUAAGCUGUGGGUCAAAGUUCAUGUUGCGAACAUGUAGGCAUUUUUCAUGCAGCAGAUCUAGGAAGCAUUGCCAGAAGGCUUAUACAUAUAAUAUUCGGGAUGCCUUUAUCUCUACUAAAUAUCGAUACAGAUGUGUUAGCUAAGAUUUUGAGGAUCUGAUCAAAGACUUUGCAAUUCAAAAAAGUAGGAGGAAACUUUUCAAAUCUAAAUAAAAUGGAA